CAGCCUGGCCGUGCCAGUGGCCCAGGGGAGGCCCCUUCCCAGCCAAUGGCCCUCGGCAGCCAGCGGCGGCUCAGCCCGGCAGGCCCGGCCCGCGGGUGGGAGCCAGCAGCCUGUGCGCUCAGAGCCAGGCCACGCUGGCAGGUCCGUGGCGAGUGGAGGCCUCACGGCACGGCCGUCCCGUCCCCGCAGCCCUGUCGAGGCCCCAGGGCGCCAUGGGCACGCCCCUCAUCUGCGACUUUGGCUCCGGCUCCAGCAAGGUGGGCUUCUCGGGGGCAGAGGAGCCCCUGGCCGUCUUCCCCACCGUCCUCGGGAAGCUCCGCUGCGACGACGCGGUGAGCGACAGCGGCAUCUUCCAGGACCCGGUGGGGCUGGACAAGAAGGUCUGGUUCAUCGGCGACGAGGUGCAGAAGCAGCGAGGGAGACUCAACCUGGCGUACCCCGUCUCGCGGGGCGAGGUCACCAACUGGGAGCACAUGGAGAAGAUCUGGCACCACACCUUCUACCAGGUGCUCCGCGUGGCCCCGGAGCAGCACCCCAUGCUGCUCACUGACCUGCCCUCCAACUCCAAGGCCAACAAAGAGAGGAUGGCCCAGGUCCUGUUCGAGACCUUCAGCAUGCCGGCCCUGUACAUCGUCAACCAGGGGGUCCUGUCCCUCUUCUCCGCCGGCCUGACCUCGGGAACCACCAUCGAAUGCGGAGAAGGAAUGACCCACUUCGUGCCCGUCUUUGAGGGCUGUCCGCUGCACCUGUCCACCAUGCAGAUGGAUGUGGCCGGCCAGGACAUAACCCUGUACCUCAUGCAGCUGCUGUCCAGGAGGGGGAACUCACUGCUCGGCAUAGGCGACCGGGAGUACAUCCGGGGCAUGAAGGAGAAAUGCUGUUACGUGGCUUUGGACUUCGACAAGGAGAAGGCGGCAGCCCUCUCGGUGUCCCUGGUGCAUAAGCACCAGCUGCCUGACGGCCGGGAGGUCGAGUUCGGAAUGGAGCAUUUCCUCUGCAUGGAGGCGCUUUUCCAGCCGGACUUCAUAGGGAGGAACAGCCUGGGCGCCCACAUGAUCGCCCUCCGCAGCAUCAGCUCCUGCAGCCCCGCCCUCCAGAAGACCCUGUUCCGCAACGUGCUGCUGUCGGGGGGCACGGGCUCCUCGCCCAGCCUGAGGGCCCGCAUGCAGCAGGAGCUGUCCGCCCUGGUGUCCCCGACCACCAACGUGAAGGUGUCCACCUGCCCCAGCUCCGUGUACAGCGCCUGGGUGGGCGGUUCCGUGCUGUGCUCGCUCUCCACCUUCAAGGACAUGUGGGUCACCAUCGAGGACUACUACGAGAAGGGCCCCUCUGCCCUCAGCGAGCGGUCCUUCUGACGUGGCUCCGGGACCCCC